CCCCCAUUACCAUUGAUAAAAGUACUACCACCCAGCAUGAGCGAAAAGACCCCCCUCCUCGCCCUUGGUACCAGCCCCUCCUCCUCCACCUCACCGGAAACAAUAAACUACCUCGCCUACGGCUCGAACCUGAACUCCGCGACACUGACCGGCUCCCGGCGAAUCCACCCACUGCAUAUAACCCCCGUACGGGUGCCCAGCCUAACCUUAACAUUCACACUUGCGGGCAUACCAUAUGUCGAGCCCUGCUUCGCGAACGUCCGCCCGCGCCUCCCACCCCCGGCAGAGCAGGAGGAAAGGGAGUUAGUGGGGGUGGUAUACGAAAUCACACGGGCAGACUACGCCCGUCUCCUGGCAACCGAGGGCGCUGGCGCCGGUUAUCAGGAGUUCACGGUCGCCUGCUACCCCCUCGCUACCGGCAACGAGAUAAUAACCGCCCGGACACUGCUCUGUCCGGAGGAGGAUACAACGAGCGCCGGAAAACCGACCCGUGCAGGAGGCCAGCCGACGAAUCGGUACUUGCAGCUGCUCCGCGCGGGAGCACGCGAGCGGGGCUUGCCCCCUUCGUACGUUGGGUACUUGGAUGGGUUGAGGGCCUACAGCAUCACCAGGUUCCGCCAGUCCGUGGGCAGGAUUUUUGUCUUGGUAGUUUGGGGGCCUUUAUUUGUCCUGGUUUUGCUGCUGAAUCACCUCUUUGCGAGGGGCGGGAGGGCGCCCGGCUGGGUUCGUGCCUUCGGGAGGGGGGUUUUGGGCGCGGUUUGGUGGUGCUAUGAUACGGUCUUUGUGAAGGUCUUUGGGGAUGGGGAGUGCACGGAGAGGGAGGAACCUGAUCUUUCGCACGAGUAGAUUGGGUGGGGAAGUGUAGUGGGAGGUGUUGAGGCGUAGGGCUUUUUCUUUAAUAAUACCCGCAAAUUCGAUAGCAUGGGUGUGAUGCUCACUGCCCGUUCUUGAUGAUGCCUGUUAGUCAAUUAGAUUUAAUGGAGUUUAACUAGUCUAAAUGGGAGGGAAACUAAAUUUAUCCUCGUUGGGAAAACCAUCCA